UGCCACGCGAGCCAUGUCUGUUGUGGUGAGUACGGCCGGCGAUGGCAUCACCCUUCACUGAGGUGAGGGUUUUCUAGUGAGUAACCUCUCAGGAGUCACGAAUUUUGAUGCAUGGGUGAAGAGUGAGGUAGGCGAUUUCCAUGAGAACGUGGGCGGAUUAGAGAGGUUUCCUUGUGUCAAUGCUUGUUCGGUUUUGACCUAGAUUCGGAUGACUGAGUGUAGUGUUUUGCAUUUGUUGACUUGCUGGUAGUUCCCGGUUGUCAAGCGAUGGCGAGGUGUGUUGUGAGAGGUCGUGGGUGUGGAGACGAGCUUGGGGUAGAGUUUUGGAGUGAGCAGAGUGAGGAGAGUGAGGUUGUGCAUGAUCCGGGCAGGUGACAUAAGGUUAUGGUAGAGAGUAGUUGGGAGUGGUGAACUGUGGUCGAGGAGGACGAGCAAUGGAGUCGAUAAGUAAGGUGAGGAUAGAGAGCAGCCCCAGGUCGAUAUGUGGGCGGCAGAUAGUGGUCGGAAAGCGGCCGCGGUCUGAAGAUUCCAAGAAUUGCUUGAGGAAGUUGUUGAAGCGGGAAAUCAGUCGUGCGGGGAACUUUGCUUUCAACAGGACCAACUCACAGGAGAAGUUUCGGAACUUUCAUUUGCAGGAGGAAUUCGAUACACAUGAUCCAAAGGCUCAUUACCUCUUGAAGCUACCGUUUUUGAAGAAGAGGUCAAGGAUAGUAGAGAUCGUGGCCGCUCGAGAUAUAGUGUCUGCCUUGACCCACUUGGGGAUGUGUGCUGCCUUUAGUAUAGAUACAAUCAAGAGGAUAUGUUUUCUCAACAUCAGCCUUGAUGAAGUGAUUCGCAGCCUUUUCUACGACAAGAAUAACGAUUCAUUAAUCACUGUGUCGGUUUAUGCCUCUGACAACUUCAGCUCUUUGAAGUGCAGGGCAACACCUAUUAAAUAUAUCCGAGGGGACAGCCUGGUGCUGGAUUUUCUUUGUUUGAAUCAGAAUCGCUGAGAUGGCCCGGGUUUGUCGAGUUUGACGACGUCAAUGGAAAGGUACUUACAUAUUCUGCUCAAGCCAGGUAUUUAGUCUUGCUCCUUUAGAUUCUCCAAACUGCCAUAACAUUGGGACUUUUAUUUGCAUAGUGGUGACAUCACUUCUGGUUAUUUUUGAUAGCGAGUUUCAAUGUUUUGGCAAGCAGCUCCAACUAGGUACUAUGGUAUCGUACUUUUGAGAAUUAUUAUAGUCCUCAAGUGGUGUGAUUGAAAUGUAUCAGGGAGUUCGUUUUCUUGUAUUGAUGUUGAACGUCGGAUUGAGAUAAUAGAAUCUAAAAGGUAUUUGAUUUGAAGAAUUAUACAAUGCUGUAUUCUAUGUCUGAUGAGCAUGUGCAAGAAAUCAAAAUAAGGUAUUCACCUUUUCCUUCCUGCUUUCUUCGAGGAUGAGUAUUCAUUGAUGUAUCCUUGGGGUUUUCCCCAGUUCAAUCUUAUAAUUGUACGUCAAUAUGAUGUUUUUUUUCUUUUUGUGCUUUUUUGCCAGCCCUGGGAUUAUGUUGUUGAUGUUUGAUAGGGCACAGAGCUAUGUGCCACUGAAGAUAUUGUCCAGAGAGGAUGGGUCGGUUCUCAAGUCCUUCAAUCAUCUGCUACAUCGCAAUAAAAAAGUAGACUUCAUCGAUUGUGGGUCUGCUAUGAAGUAUACACUGCGCUUCUGAUAUUAUGAGAACGGCUGUUUGAUGUAGUGGAUAUUGUGGGAUAUGUAAUGUUUCGUUGAUACUACCUUUUCAUUUAAUACGUAUUCAUUGCUUGUUUUAGUUGGGUCCAUCAACAUCAGCAACAUCUUGACAGGAAAGUGCCUUGAAAAAAUUAGGGCGUAUGAUCCAAGUGGCAAAAUUAGCCCGCAUGCACGUGCAAAUUCUUCAAGCAUCAGAAGUUCAGAGGAGGAAGCUCUGAAGGAUGUUACUGCCCUGUUUUAUGAUGAAGAAAGGAAUGAGAUAUAUACAGGGAAUCGACAUGGAUUAGUUCAUGUUUGUUUGAAUUAGGUGCCUCUGGGGUUUUUUAAUUUUUAAUUUUUAAUUUAAUUAAAAAAAAUCUCCCCUUCUUCUCUAUUCUUUCUUUUUAUUUAUUUUUACUUUUGAUGAUUUAAAAUGAAUUUAUUAUUUUAGUUUUGCAUAGUCUUUUGCUAGUAUAGUCUUGGAAUGUUCAAACCACUUUUUGGGCCAAGGUUAAUGUAGGAUGAAGCUGGCAUUUCCUCCACGGAAUUCGUUCUGCAUGUAGACCUUCAAAACCUGGCUAAGUUGAUACACUUGAAUUCUGGCAAGGUUCAAGUGAAUCAACUUUGCCAGACUUGAAUAUUCACUCCAAUAAUAACAUGGAAUCUUUGGCCAUGGGUUGGCAUCUGGAACA